AUGCCCCAGUGCAGAGACAAACUGCGAAGCAGUCAGUCCUGCUUGCGUUGUGUGGCGAGAGGUGGGGGAGGGGGCGCCGCGGCCGCGGGCGAAGAGGCAGGGUUAGCCAGGCUUCUCCCAGCAAACCGUGGUUGCCCUGGCCUCUCCGGGGGCUCAGGUUGGAAAAUGUUCAGAAUGGGCAGGAAGAGCUUUACGUUUGAUGGGGAGAACAUGUAUAUGGGGAUGAAUGAGGCUAACCAGGAGUUCCUAUCGGCCAAUCAGACUUAUAAUGGUCAAAGUGAGAAUAAUGAAGACUAUGAAAUCCCUCCUAUAACUCCUCCUAAUCUCCCAGACCCCUCCCUUCUUCACCUGGUGGACCACGAGACCGGCUAUCACUCACUCUGCCACAGCCUCCCACCAAACAGCUUGAUACCAACAUAUUCCUAUCAAAACAUGGACCUGCCUGCCAUCAUGGUGUCCAACAUGUUGACUCAAGAUGGGCACCUCCUCUCAAGUCAACUACCCACAAUCCAGGAGAUGGUCCAUGCAGAAGCUUCGUCCUACGACUCCACCAGACAGGUGUCCCUGCUCAAUCGCCCCACGAUGCUGGCCAGUCACAUGAGCGCCCUCAGCCAGUCCCAGCUGAUUUCACAGAUGGGAAUCAGGAGUGGGGUGAGCCAUGGCUCCCCAUCACCCCCAGGAAGUAAAUCAGCUACACCAUCCCCCUCCAGCUCCACACAGGAAGAGGAGACAGAAGCACAUUACAAGGUCACUGGAGAGAAGAGACCCUCCGCCGACCUGGGCAAAAAGCCCAAGAGUCAAAAGAAGAAGAAAAAGAAGGACCCCAAUGAGCCCCAGAAGCCCGUGUCAGCUUACGCCCUGUUUUUCAGGGACACACAAGCAGCAAUCAAGGGACAGAACCCCAAUGCCACCUUUGGGGACGUGUCCAAGAUUGUGGCAUCCAUGUGGGACAGCUUGGGAGAGGAGCAGAAGCAGGCCUAUAAGAGGAAAACCGAAGCUGCAAAGAAAGAAUAUUUAAAGGCCCUGGCAGCCUAUCGGGCCAGCCUCGUUUCCAAGAGCUCUGCUGAACAGAGUGAGGCCAAGACCACCCAGCCCAAUCCACCUUCUAAAAUGAUUCCCCCCAAGCAGCCUAUGUAUACCAUACCACCCCAGGCCUCAUCGCCCUACCCGGGCCUCGGCUCAUUCCUGUCCCCAUCUGACCUCCAAGGCUACCGUGGCCACCCUCACCCCAGCCUCUCCAGGACCCUCAACUCCAAAUCCAUGCUGCCCAGCAUCAGUGCCUCGCCACCGCCGCCGCCACCACCAUCCUUCCAGAUCAGCCCUCCUCUCCACCAGCAGCUGGCCCUGCAUCACCCCCAGAGCACCAUUCUCAACCAAUCCCUCAGCAUGCAGCCAGUCCCCCAGCAGUCCAUCUUGUCUCCUCCGCCCAUGGCACUACAGGUCCAGCCCCCGAUGAGUACCUCGCCUCCAGGGCAGCAGGAUUUCUCACACAUCUCACCUGAGUUCCAAAGCAGCGUUGGCUCCCGCUCCCCUGGCACAUCGAACACCCCAGGAAAUAGUGACUGGGACAGUGAUUACCCCAGCCGAGAGUGUGGCAUUAACCACUGCAGCAUGCUCCCAAGGGAUAAGUCUCUCUACCUCACCUAAACCGGCCGUUUCUCCCCUCCGAGGCUCAGAGGAAGGACAUGGGGAUGUGGGCCUGGACACUGGGAGGAAGCGUCGAGCAAGUCCCAGCAGACUGGAGGGCUGUCCCAAGGCACCUGUACAUUGCCCAGCUGGGGAGCAGUUCCUCCUUUCCAACUGCAAAGCCAACUUCUGAAGGCAGAGCUCGCUAGGUCCCUCCCCACCCCCAACCCCAAAGAACAAAUAUGACACCCUUUUCUGUUCAGUUGCUUAGCUUAGCUCCAAACUCUUUCCCUAGUGACCUGCUCUUAGACACAGCCCCAAGUUUCUGCACCAGACUCCCCUGCUGGGCCAGCCCCAUAGCAAACUGCGCCUUCUGACUUGCUAACGGCACUCAAUCCAUGCAAGGAAAUGUGAAGUAUGUGUGAAUAAUGUACAUGCAAAGGCCUUGGAUAUCCAGCAAAGUAAAUCCCGACAUCCACAACACCCCACUGGCAUGCCUCACAGGGAGGGGGGCGGGUGGCCAGCCAGAGGGCUGGUAGAAAUGCAAACCCAGUUUUACAAACAAGCCCACUAUCCCGGGCGUGAGUGUGUUGGCUCCACGUCAGUAGAUUACUAAGUGUGUUAGAACUGUGCUAAAGACAUCUUUAAGAUUUUUUUGUGGAAGAAAAAUAGUAGUUUACUUUCUAGUAAAAAGCAUUUUAUAUUAACUGUAGCACAUUUUUUUAGUUAUACAUAGACAGAAGAUGUGUAUAAAAAGCCUGCCAAACCUGUUUCUAUGAUUUCUACAGCAAGAAAUGGACAGUUUCUAGCCAUGUUGCCUGGCAUUGUUAUUUUUUUUUCAGCCAUAUGUCCAUCUAUUUAAAAUUGCUGAUGAUGAUUUUGUCUAUUUAUGGAAAAGGAAGAAAAAAAAAACACCAGAAUUACAGUUUCUCAGAAGGGGCGUUUAUUUCCAUUUGGUUUUGCUCUGACUUUCUUUGUUAAGGGGCUCCCUGGGCCCUGACACAUUUGUUUUGGUUCACAAUGCUUAGC